GCCUCGUUGGCGUUCUACUCGACUCUGGGCGCACGUUCUGUGAACCUAGAAUAACUCGCGUAACUCGACGAAUCGCGUUCUUGUAACAGUUUUUAAACUGUUCCCGCCUGUUCUGUUCUACUCUGUCCGUUCUGAAUAAGUGAUUCCUGUUAUCCUGGUAAUAUUUAUGACAAUGUACGGCGGUGACCAUGCAGCCGCCGCCGCUGGCUGACUCUCAACACGAGCCUACCACCUGCAGUGUGUUGGUGAUAGUGGCGCUGGGCGCGGGCGGGGCGGGCCCGCGACAUGAGCGGCGCCGCCCGCCCCGCCCGAAAUGCAACGACUGCGGACUACCUUCAAACGAUCACGGACGCCAACGCCGCAGGAUAUGAAGACGCAGAGCAGUCUCGAGGUACCUAAACAGGUCCGGUCGGCGUCGUUCGAUGAGAUACAGUUGGAGGCUGCGCGGGGAUCUGGUACUAGUGUUCUAUUAUCAGUGCCACAGCACGGAGCCCGCAGCCGUUCCUUCGACUCCGGAUCUGACGAUUCUGGCACUUAUCUUGAGUUUGUACCUCGAUUAUGGUCGCGGAGACGAUCUGGAAAAGGUACUCCGCCACCAUGCGUCCAUUGUCGGCAUAUGGAGACGUGGUUGGCACGCCGCAGCGAAGAAAGGUCUACACCCGAGAGACCACCGGCAUCUUCCUCUGCGGAAGACGAAGAUGAUGAAGAUGAUGAAAGUGAUGUUGAGAUACCAAAGGUUCUGCUGGCACCGGUCCCGUUACCGAAGACAUUACUACCACCGCCAUUACAGUCGCCACCACCGUCGCCAGGAGCACCCUCGUUUGAGCUGCAACCGCCCAUCGAUGAACCCCCGGGACCGCCUCAACGGAGGCGUUCCAUAUCACGACAGGAAGCGUUUUUUGUUGAGCCGACUGGUAGCUCACUAGAGAACGUCCGAGCGUCAGAGCAGGGAGCCAACAAUGUACCCAGAGACAGUUUGGUUCAUGAUAUUUAUUUGGCGGUCCCGGAACUUAAGCGGGAUCGUGCCGCUUCGGUUGAUUCUUGCUUUUCAAAAUUAUCCGGCGGCGCUAGAGCGGAGGAGUUAUGUGAGAAUGGUGACUCGUUGACUGUGCCGGGAACAAGCCUUAGGUCGCGAUCGGUGGACAUUGUUUUGCCCACCGCUGAACAGUCUCGUUACAAGGCACUGUCUUUGACCAAUCAAGUGCCUCCACAGGUUAAUUAUCAAGUACCAGAUGAACCCCUACCUGCUCCAGUGAUACUGCACACUCUAGAAACCAGACAUUUAUCAAUUCCAUUUAAAACAAGAAGGAGUUCUAUGCUCUCCUGGGGCGCAGGGUUGGCGGGGGCGGGAAGCUCCCGUUACGCUCCUUCCGCCCUACCCGUGUCCAUCGAAGAGUACUCCAGCGAUGAGGCUAUCAUAGAGGCUCAAGGAGCCCUGUUAGCAGGCUCUGUAGCCAGAACGAGGAGACGACAUGCUGUAAAGAUCAAAAGAAAAUCUAAAGUAGCCAUCAGGGCAUUAAGACGCACUAGUGAACCGGGUGGAGCGCGCGUUCUUCGCUCGACACCAGACUGGAGUGACUCCGCCAUCAGUGGCGAACAUCUAUGGGCCCCCACUUCAGUUUCCGGGGACUGUUGUUAUGUUGGCGACACUGAAUGUCAGAAACACGGAUCUCGCAUGAAAUGCUCGGCUUGUAAGAUCGUAGCCCACCAGUCAUGUAUUGAUAUCCUGAUCGAUCGGGUGCAGUUCUCGUGCAAGCCCACCUUCAGGGACGUCGGCAUCCGCCAGUACAGAGAACAGACCCUCACGCACCACCACUGGGUUCACAGACGUUCCGAAAAGGGCAAGUGCAAGGCAUGUGGAAAGUCGCUUCAAGCAAAAUUGUCAUUUAGUUCUAAAGAAAUCGUAGCACUGAGUUGUUCUUGGUGUAAAGACGCUUACCACAACAAAGACAGCUGUUUCAACAUACAAAGGAUAGGAGAAGAAUGCUCAUUAGGUAUACAAUCUAACAUAAUCGUGCCGCCAUCUUGGAUCGUGAAACUACCGCGUCGAGGAAGCUUUAAGUCCUCGUUACGGAAAUCUCCUAAAAAGAAAAAUACCGCAAAGAAAAAGGGUAAAGACUCGAAGACUGAACAACGAACGUUCAUAAUAAAGCCAAUUCCGACAGCCAAUGUUAAGCCGGUCCUGGUUUUUAUAAAUCCGAAGAGCGGAGGCAAUCAAGGUGCUAAACUUCUGCAGAAAUUUCAGUGGCUGCUUAAUCCGCGACAAGUCUUUGAUCUCACUCAAGGCGGGCCUGGACCGGGGUUAGAAAUGUUCCGUAAAGUGCCAAACUUGCGUGUACUAGCCUGCGGUGGUGACGGAACAGUGGGCUGGGUGUUGAGUGUCUUAGACCGAAUAGGUUCUCGUCCUGCUGUUGGCGUACUACCACUUGGUACUGGCAACGAUUUAGCAAGAGCACUCGGUUGGGGAGGGGGUUACGAAGAUGAGCCGAUAUCUAAGAUCUUAGCGCACAUCGGAGAAAGCGAUACGGUGUUGUUAGAUCGCUGGCAACUCAAGGUUGAACCAAACGAGGCGGCCUCGGGGGAAGAUACUAGUAAUGCUAAACCGGAACUACCUCUAAACGUCGUCAACAACUACUUUUCCUUCGGAGUCGAUGCACAUAUCGCCCUGGAGUUCCACGAGGCUAGAGAGGCUCAUCCAGAGAAGUUCAAUUCACGUAUCAGGAACAAACUGUUCUACGGUACAGCCGGUGGUAAAGAUCUGAUGCAGCGCAAGUGGAAGGGUCUAGCGGAGUUCGUGACGAUGGAGUGUGAUGGCAAGGACUACACGCCAGUGCUCAAAGAACAUAAAGUUCACGCCAUCGUUUUCUUAAACAUUCCAAGCUACGGUGGCGGUACUCACCCUUGGAAUAAGUCGGGUGGAAGUUCGGAUCCCUCCACUGAAGAUGGUCUUAUAGAAGUUGUGGGCCUGACUACCUACCAAUUGCCGUUGUUGCAAGCUGGCGGUCAUGGCACAUGUAUAACACAAUGCAAAACAGCUAAAAUAGUGACCACUAAGGUUAUUCCUAUGCAAGUGGACGGAGAAGCUUGCAGGCUUGCGCCCUCCGUGAUCACUCUCUGCAGACUAAACCAGGCAACCAUGUUGGCUAAAAAGAAACCCGGGAGAGUUUUAGCGCCACAAACACCGCUAGACAAACUCUCACUAACUGUGAAUCUCAUUACGAUGGCGGACUACGAACGUCAUCAUUACGACAAGGAGUUGUUGGCAAAGACAGCGGAACGGAUCGGCACUUUAGAAAUAAAUCCGGCUGCCGACCUGGAGCAAAUGCGUGUUCUUAUACAAAACAUGAUCAAAGAAUCUCACAUUUAUUCGAAUCUCGUUGAUUGGUGGUUCGUUGAUUCGGUGACAGCUGAACGGUUCUUUAGGAUCGAUAAAGCGCAGGAGAAUCUUCAUUAUCCGACUGAUAUCGGACACGAAAAUAUAUAUAUACUCGACGCAGCGCCCCUGACACCUGACACAGAGUCGACUGUGCACCCUGAGACGACAGCGACGGCAUCCCUCGACCGCACCGGUCCAUCUGUGUCCCUUGACACUACAACGGGGCUAUCAGUAUCUUUGGACAUAUCACAGAGCGUCGACACACCCAGCGCUGGAGUGUCUCUGGAUGUACCAGAAUCACAUGCUAGUGAAUCCGGUUUCGCAAGCCCUGCUCGGACUUCAGAAGACUUAUUGUCGCCCCAAACACCGCCAGCAAAUUUGGGAACAUCAGCCACAAGGAUGUCGAACAUGCCUGUUAAAUCAGCACUCCAACCCCCUAAAAUACCAUCCAUACAAGACUCAAAUUCCCCACCACUAUGCAUAAGCCCACCCGUUAAGGACAUGCAACCAAGUCGCGAUUCUAUUUCUAGAUUUAAAACAAAUUUAUUAGAGAAGACGUCAGAUACCCUUUUAAAAGCUGCAAAAGUUGGCGAUUUGAAAAUGCUGAAGGAGUUACACUCGGCGGGCUAUUCGCUGCUAUCGAUUGAUUCAACCGGUCAAACAGCACUGCAUAUAGCUACUAGAUAUGGCAAUAAAGAGAUUGUGAAGUAUCUCAUUGCCAGUGCUCCCACAGCUAUAUUGAAUAUGAGAGAUAACGAAAGAGGGCAGACGGCGCUUCAUAAAGCCGCAGCACACAAACGGCGAGCGAUUUGUUGUAUGCUCGUAGCUGGGGGAGCCUCCCUGACGCAACAGGAUCACACCGGCCUUACUCCGCGGCAUCUGGCCCUGAGAGCUGAUGACCACGACCUGGCUGCGUACCUGGAAAGUCAGGAACAUUUUCAAAUAGUAUCUGAAGAUCUUGAAACCGCCGUUUGACAUAUGAGACUAGUAAUAAACAAAUAUGAAUAUUAUCGGCCGAAAUGAAGAGAACAUUACUAUUUAUUCAGCGAUAACGCUGGACGUUUUGAUUAACUAUUUUAAAAUCUUUACUCGAACACCAAUUUGAUAUUAAAAUUAAGUACAUAUAUUUAUCAAUAUUACAUUUCAAAUUACACUUUAACUUAGUAAAAAAAAAAAUUUAUGAUAAUUUUAAAUCGCAAUGACAUUUGAACUCAUUAGCAAUUAAAUAUAACGAAAAUUUUAUAAAUCACAAUUUUAAGCUAUUAUAAAAUAUAAUUAAUUAAUAUUCCCCAUCUCUAGAUAUACUUCUAUAUAUUUUUGUAAAUUGUGAAUAAGAUAAGAUAACUAAAAUUCUUUUUUAAUGGAAUAAUAAGCAAUUUAUAAAAUCCCAUCCUCAGUCUGACUUGCUUGACAUUUUAUGAUUCUUUCAAGAAAGAAAAUCAAUACUGAAAAAAUUACUCGUGCAGUGUACUGUUUUUUUCUGAUAAAAUAAACAUAGUUAUAGUGAAGAUAACUUUCUUGCAAUAAUUCUUACGAUAUUUAAUUAUAAUGUUUCCAGUUAAUGCUCACCGUGAUCCGAUAAUUAAUUCCAAAACAAACCGUUACGAGACCUCUUAAACAAUUUUGCGAAUGCUUCAUCAAUAUUCUACGGAGCAGCUAUAUAUUUUUUUUCAGUAAAUUAAAUAUUAAUAAUAAACUAAAAGUAAACACUUGUAAUGUCCCGUAAAGAUAUCUUUUGCGUACGAACUAUAUGGCGAUAUAUGAUUAUAUGAGCUUUUCACUCGCACUAAGUCGUAUUCACGAUCACAAUUUAAAUGAAAUAUUUUUCCUAAAUUAUAUUAAAAAAGUGUGCUUUGUACUUAAUUAGGGAUAAGCAGGCCUUAAACUUAUAUCUUUAGCGAAAUGUAGCUUCCAUAUCUUAGAGUAGCCGACGUAUUUUCACUCCACAUACUUGGUACGUUUGUGGUUGUCAGCAACUAAAUAUGUGUCGUACUUUGAUCUCUCCAUUCAGUUUCAAGUUAUUAUAUUAUUUGAUUUCCUUUCAAUCUACCUGAAACUUUUACGUUUAUUUUUAAAUUUCGAUUUCUAUUAUUUCACUGUACGACAUUUCAGUACACCCCGCGAUGAUCUUAUCAUCUUUAAGUUACUUAUGCUUAACACAAGUUUUCAUCAUGACACUAAAGACACGUUUCCCGUUUGUGGUUCAAUAACCUAUGUUAAACGUGGGAAACGUGGGAAGAUUUAUGAAUGAAAAACUUAACGCUCCGUAUAUAAUACGUUACAGACUUGAGGUAACCAUACGUUCAUUGUAUAAAUUUCAUUAUAAGUAUACUUAACUAAAGUAUCGGUUAUAAAAAAUAAAUAAUGUAAUUCCCAUAUUCUCUAUCAACUUUAGCUUGAAAGGUUCUGUGCAUUCCUAAGACAUAUACAUAUAAGUAUGUUAUAAAAAUUUUGCCUCUUUAUAAAAAAUAAUCACGAUUAUAAUCAAGAGAAUAUUACUAGUUAUUGUUAAUGUGUUUGUAUUGUUGUGGUGAUUUCCGUGACCUCUUAUAAUUGAUGUUUUAUUUAUGGUCGACAGUUUAAUAUACCUCUCCAUUUGUACUAGAUGUACCUAAUAGUAUUAGUAUUUAACGAAUUUACUCGUUCUACUCGCUACUGAGCGAACAAUGAAAGACAAAGCUGUGAGAAUUUUGAUCUAAUGUAAGAAGUAAGUUCAUUUUAUAAUAAGCUCGAAUUUACUAUACGAGUGUACAUUGUGUUGUAGAUAGUUGUUUCGCGUUCCACAUCGUCCGGACCUUGUUCGUUAACUAUUUCAUUGCUUUUAUACUUACGACUUACGGCAAAUGUUGCCUUUAUAUAUAAGACCAUAUGUGAUGAGUUUUUGGGCACUAAAUCUGAGUAAUAAGAGUUAUAAUUCGUUUUAUGUUUAAGUGUAUAUUGAUGGUAUAUAUCACAAAAUUGUUUGCUUUUAAAUGUUAUCUGUAAAUGUCCAAUGAAUCUUUACUGAGUCCAAACAUUUUGUAUUUGCUAUAUAUUUUCAUAUCAUUGUACUACUUACCAUAAACUGUUAGAAUAAUAUUUGUAGGGCAUUAAAUUUUCUGAAUAGAUACUAUAUUAGCUAUAAUCUCCUAUUAGAUUGUACUAUUAGUAUCUCGACGAUACCGCGUCAUUGUUGCUUGGUGUAGACUUAAAUGUGACCAUCGUGUAACUUUGAGAACGCGUAACUUAGUAUGUUAUUUUCAAAAUAAAGUAAUUCUACUAGAUAUUAAAAGAAGUCUACGGUAAGCGAGGUCCGAGUCUAUGGUUACGUCAUUUACGGUGCUACAACAAGCAAGACUAGCGCGCCCACGUCUAUAAACUAGUCUUUGUAAAUACUGUAUUGGAGGCCUUCACCCUGUAUUAUAAGAGUAUCUACUUAGAGUACUUCUCGACCAAAUUUUGUCUUAUCUAUAAAGUGAGCUGUUAUCAGUAGAUUAUAGACAGUCUCCGUACUGACAUACGAAUUUGGUAUUACUUGUAACUUUACUAUUAACCUUAAAAAUUUAUUGAAAUACAACGGUUUUACGAUUGUAGCGAGCUUUGAUUGCUAUUGAAAAAUAUCUAUCGAUUUCUUCUAUUCUCAACGAUCAUUAUUUUUAUCAUGUUUAAACAUGUAAUUUCCGAAAAAUAAUCAAUUGUUCCGAUACAAACUAUUGAAGCCUAUGAUUGAUUUUUUUCGUAAUCAUUUACGUAAUGGGCUGACGAAGCAUUCCGUAUAAUUAUAGUAGUUUAUUAUUGCGACGAAUAAAUUAAAGCUGUCUGAGAAAUGUACAGUGAGUCUUAGAAAUUGUAUCAUUUGAAGGAAAGAGGCAAAGACGAACUCUGUCUAUUUGAAAUCAAAUAUCCUGUCUGCCAAGCUGGGUUUCAAUGCUGUAAUGAUUCUGAGUUACAGAAUUAAACGAAAUUGCGCCUUAUUUUCUCAUUCAGAUACUAAAAAGAAAUGUAAACACUUUCUAAGAUUUACUACACACAGCAAUUAACAAUUAAUUAAUGUUAUUUUAAUAAUACAGCUUUACAUCAAACAAUACAUGCGAAUAAUAAAUGCAAUUAAUGUUACGAUUAUUAAUUUAACAUAAAAAAAUUACAUGCAAGUUUUACGAUUAUUAUAUUUUAACUGUUGAUUAUUUUAUGAAUGUGUGUAUUUUUUUUUUUUGUUUUUAAAUAGAGCUACAUUUCGACAUGUAUAGCGGAAGUGCAAAUUAUUUCAUGUUUGUUUGUAAAUAUCGGUAUCAUCGGCUUGGUUGAAAACCGACUUCAUUAUAAUUCAUUAGCGAUCUUUAAAAAUAUCCAAAUUACCAAAAAAGUUUGACUAGCUCCCUAAACAUUAUUUUAAUAAACGAAAGUUUUAUUAGAAAUUUAUAAUAAAAAAAAUAUAACGCGAAACUAAACGAAACAAUUUUUUUUUUAAUGCAAUUAUACAAGAAUACCGUCUCUAAACUUACGACGUAAAUGUAUUGAAGCACCACGAGUUAAAAAUGUUAAUUGACAUGCCACUAUAGCACCUCCUUCUAGUUAGUUGAAAUUCCAUUUCAAAUGUUAAAGAGCCGUAAUCUAAAAUUAAAUUCUCGAUAAAAUAAAACUCAUCUGAUAAUCUUUUUCGGCUAUAAGAUAAUUAUGAAUUAUUCUUUUUUUUAUAUAUAUAGUAGAUUGUCUUAUAAAGGUAGGUAAUUUUAAUAAUUUAUUGAGAGCACUUAUUUCUUUGUAACAUAAUUAUUUUGCACUAGAUAAAGUCACUAUUUUAAAUAAAAUUAUUGAUGAAGUACACUGAACAAUAAAUAUAUUAAACUAAA